CAACACUUCAGUCUCUACCUUUCUCCGACUCGGUACGUACGGCAUUGUCUCGAAAGGCCUCCACGUGUUCUUGGAGAGAUGCUGCCGUGACAGGUUUUACGUCGAAGCCUUUGAUUCCGUAGUGACGUACAAAUUCAAACCGCAAUCUCUCUGACGAAAUUUGCAAUUCGGUUAACUACAGGAUACGCGAUGGGGAAAUAGUUCCCACGUGAGUAAAACUCACACCGUUGACAAGAAGUGAAAUCAAGCCAAGAAAUGAAAAUAGGUGAAAAACUACUCGACGGGAUGAACAUGUAUAAAAAUACUCCGAGCAACGGAUAAAAUCGAUUCGAAGAAGUGACUCGCUUAACCGGAAGUGAAAAAAUGAUAUAAAAUGAACCACAAUAUAAUGAAAGUGAAAGGUUAUAAAUUCGUGAUAAAGUACUGAAAGUAGAAGUAAAAAAUGGCGGCGGGUCUGCUGGCCGUUAUAACUGGGGCCAUAAAGGCGGCGACGCUGCUUUUGGGGGUGGGAAAAGUGGCGUUCAUUCCAACGCUGAUAGUGGCACUCGCUUAUUACAACUACGAUUUGAUGGAUCCCGAAAAUCAGCCGCGAGUUGCGCGAGUUCUGCGCAAGGAGUACGACUUUAUAAUCGUGGGGGGUGGAUCGGCCGGAAGUGUCCUUGCGAACCGUUUGACGGAAGUCCCAGAGUGGAAUGUCUUGCUUCUCGAAGCCGGAGGAUACGAGACCGAAAUCACCGACGUCCCGAUCCUUUCCUUGUACCUUCAUAAGAGCAAAUACGACUGGAAGUACAGGACCCAGCCUCAGGACUCGGCCUGUCAAGCCAUGGUCGACAAACGAUGCUGCUGGACGAGGGGAAAGGUCCUCGGGGGUUCGAGUGUGCUGAACACGAUGCUGUACAUCAGGGGUAAUCGGCGAGACUUUGACCAAUGGGAAAGUUUUGGUAAUUAUGGAUGGGGAUGGGACGACGUUUUGCCGUAUUUCAAGAAAUCCGAGGAUCAGAGGAAUCCCUACUUGGCACGCAACACCAAGUAUCAUAGUACAGGUGGUUACUUGACGGUCCAAGACGCGCCUUUCAACACUCCGCUGGGAGUGGCCUUCCUGCAGGCAGGUGAAGAAAUGGGCUAUGACAUAGUGGACGUGAACGGAGCCCAACAAACGGGUUUCGCGUUCUACCAAUACACGAUGAGGAGAGGAACGCGAUGCAGCGCGGCGAAGGCGUUCAUCCGUCCGAUAAGGAGUCGUAAGAACCUGGAUAUAGCGCUCUGGUCCCACGCCACCAAAGUGCUGACGGAUCCCGAAACGAAGCGAGCCUACGGAGUGGAGUUCAUCAGAGAGGGUAAGCGGCAGGUCAUCUUCGCCCAGAAGGAGGUGAUCCUCUCGGCCGGAGCUAUAAACUCACCACAGCUGAUGAUGCUCUCCGGAAUCGGGCCCAGUAAGCACCUGGAGGAGGUUGGGAUCAAGGUCGUUCACGACGCACCUGGCGUCGGACAAAAUCUGCAGGAUCACAUCGCGGUUGGAGGCUUGGCUUUCCUGAUCGAUCACGAGAUCAGCGUGGUUAUGAGCCGGCUGGUGAACAUCAACUCAGCGCUGAGGUACGCGAUAACCGAGGACGGACCUUUGACAUCGAGCGUAGGACUGGAAGCGGUGGCUUUCAUAUCGACGAAGUACGCGAACGCGAGCGACGACUGGCCCGACAUGGAGUUCAUGCUGACAUCCUCCUCGACUAACUCGGAUGGUGGAACGCACGUGAAGAAUGCGCACGGACUGACAAAUGAGUUUUACAACGAGGUCUUCGGCCGGAUCAACAACAAGGAUGUCUUCGGGGUGUUCCCAAUGAUGCUGAGACCCAAGUCGCGCGGAUUCGUAAAGCUCAAGUCGGCCAACCCUCUCGACUAUCCGAUCAUGGUUCACAACUACCUGACGCAUCCGGACGACGUCGACGUUCUUCGGGAGGGUGUCAAGGCCGCCGUUGCCUUCGGGGAAACAGCGACCAUGCGCAGGUUUGGAGCCAGGUUUCAUAGCAAGCCAGUGCCCAACUGCAAGCACAUCCCGCUGUUCACGGACGAUUAUUGGAACUGCGCCAUCAGGCAGUACACCAUGACUAUUUACCACAUGAGCUGCACUGCGAAAAUGGGAACGCCCGACGAUCCCAUGGCUGUCGUCGACCCCGAACUGAGGGUCUAUGGCGUUCCGGGUUUGAGAGUCAUUGACGCGUCCAUCAUGCCUACCAUCACGAAUGGUAACAUCAACGCCCCAGUCAUCAUGAUCGCCGAGAAGGGCGCUGACCUCAUCAAACAACAAUGGCUGUCCAAAGUCUGAUCACUCACGGUCUUUAGGGAGGCUCGGUUGGACGAAGUCGACUCUGUUCGUCCGUUUCGUCACGAGAUAGUCGUAAAGUCGAAUUUGGUAUCGUUGAUGUAACGAAAUAUUGGUGCGGAAUCACUUUCUCGACUCUACAAUGAAUUUGAUGGAGUUCAGUCGAUUUCGAACUAUGAGUGUUUUACACUUUGUUACUAUUUUGUACAGAAUUUCAGGCAAUUUGAAAAUUGCGAAAUUACGAUUACUGCGUUUGAACAAAUUGAAUGCGUAUAACACUAAAACAAAUUCUGCUCAAUAGCGCUGUGAAACGUACUUUGCCGAGGAAACUUCUCAAAUUUUAGUCGAAUAAAUCCCAGGGGUUAACGAUUCCCAAAGUCCGGCACACGCGUAGCUUAAGGGUACUUGAACUCAAUGAAGUCACUCGAAAUCAGUGAAGUUACUUGAGGUCAUUUGAUGUAAUUUGAAAUUGAUUGGCUUCACGACGUCUUUUGGAGUCUUGCAAUCACGAAGUCAGAUGUACCGUUAAUAGCAGAGGUUAACCUUUCGAGUGAAUCAUAAAUUUGUCGUCUUCAACUGAAAUUAUUCGACUAUCCGUUGAUUAUUUUCACUACUGACAUAUUGUUUGUCGUACGUUACACUUGUGAUAGUUUUUUAACGGAUAUCGAUACGUUGACUUGUAUAACAGUUUCUUUCACUCUGUUGCGAUUUAUUUUAUACAGUAGACUAUUAUAGGUACAGAAUUCUACGAGGAAAUUUUUUUUUCCCAAGGUUGACAUCGUGAUCAAUUCAUGACGAACAUGAUUAACAAAUAUGAGCAUAUUGAAUUGUCUAUUUGAAGAGAAAAAAGAAAUUCUUCCAGUGAAUUUGUGAAAAAUAGUUUUCUGAUCAGAAUGAAAUGUUGCAGAGUGAAAAUCAAAUAAGUCUUUAUACUUUAAACCAUGUUGAAUUAACGAUUUAGAAUGAAUAUCGAUAUUCAAGCUUUUAUUUAUAAUAUAUGGCAUUAUUGUUUUCUAUUUUUUGUUAAUUUUGAGAAAAAUCGUUGUAACUAGAGAAUAUUUCGAUUAGAUGAACACGAAAUGUGAAAAUUUUACGUUAUCGCAUCAAACAAAACUAACAAUUUUCAACUCACCAAUGUUUUUAACGAAAACGAGAUCGUAGAAAGGGGCAGAGAUAAUAUGUAGAAUUUUGUUCAGAGCUUUCGAAUUUGUUUCGAAGGACAAAACCGUUUUCAAAGUCCGUGAAGAUUCAGCUAUGAAACGUUUAAGAUGAAAGUGAACUUUUUGUCAGAUCAGCCGGCAGAAAAUGAUUUCACCGGCUGAUCAAACUCAGUGGGACUUAUAAAUAGCGAUAGGAAUUAUUUUGGGGAUGCGAAAUGUGGCCAAAGAAUUGUUUUCUUAAUGGUGCAAGGAAAUGUUGUUUCACUUAAUAUGACAAAAAGAAUGUGAAGUUGUGUUCUCAUCACUUCGUUGUUGAAUCAAAUGACAUUACCUUGGUUCUUGGAAAGUGAAAAUAAAUAAAUAAAUAAAUAAAUAAAUAAAUAAAUAAAUAAAUAAAUAACAUCGCAUUCGCUAUAUUUGCUAAAAAGAAAUAUUUCUCUGAAUGCAGUAAACCAAUGGGUGCAUAUAAAAGUUUAGGUUGUUGUCUCGUGUUUCAGGUGUUAUCAUAAUACUAAGAAAAUUGAUAAUAUUAUACAAAAUAAUAAAAAAUUAUUUUUAUAUUAAUGCAUAUCCGAUGACUGAGCUCAAGGAACAGUAAUUGGCGAUAAGAAAAUGCCUGAUUACCAUUAAAUGAAUAAUUAUCAUUAUUCUUGAUUCCUUUUAGCUGUUGAUAUGCCGAAUCGCAUAGUUUUUAACGAUUGUUGUACAACUGAUGUGAGAUUCCCAUAGCAAAGUCCGAAUAGGCGGGAAUUUCAAAUACGGGUUUUACGUACAGUUUUUUUACAUUGAAAAAAAAAAAAAAAAAAAAUCACCCUCUCUUCUACCAAUACAAUUGUAAAUACUAGACAGUUAUUGUUAAA